AUACCGAAUACUAUUAUACUAAAACUAUAGUUUACUACAAUCUGAAAAAAAAAUAUAUUAACUUGAUGCAAAUGUGAGGUUAUGAACGGUGCCAUUGACUUUUGUUAUUAAUACAUAAUUUAUUGCAAUAUGGAAGAAGAUAGACUUAUCAAAAGAAAACAACGUGCAAAGCGCGAUGGAAAUUUACAGCAUUUGGCUGAAAUUAUUAAAGAACUUGGAGAUUUAUAUUUUCAAACUGGAAGAUUAGAGGAUGCUUUACAAGAAUAUAUACAACAAUUAGAAACUUGUCAAAUUUUAAACGACGAGUUGAAUUGCGCAAUUGCGCAUAGAAUGAUCGGUGAAGUAUAUACCGGUCUUGGUAAUUAUGAAGAGGCAUUGAUACAUCUGAAUGAAUAUCUUGAGGGUGCCCAAAAGGUAAAAAAUUUAUUGGAAGAACAGCGUGCUUUUGCUACAUUAGGAAGAACAUAUUUUUGCUUAGCCGAAACGCAACCCAAAGAAUCUGAUGGAAAAAAAAAUGCUUUAGUCGAUGCUAAAAAGGCAUAUACAAGGAGUAUACGUCUUUGCAAUGAAUUAGAAAAUUCAAAUAUUAAAUUAGAAGAAAUGAUGACAAUGCGUACACGAUUGCUCUUAAAUUUAGGUUUAAUACUUGAAGCUCAAAAAGAACUUGAACAAGCAAUUGAUCUUAUUGAAAAAGCAGCAAUAUUAUGUAAAAAACAUAAUUUGAAUGAAGACUUACAUAGAACAAAUAUUGCUUUAGCUGCUGUAUAUGAACGUCGAGGAAAAACUGCAUUAGCAUUGCAGCAUCUUGAUACUGCUGCUGAUAUAAACAAUGUAUCAUUAAAAGCUGAAGCGCAUCUUACUAAAGCAGAGUUAUUGUUGAAAAUUGGAGAAUGGAGUGAUGCCCGUAAAAUAUUAGUUUCUUUAUAUUUGACCAAGGGAUUACCACAGAAUGUGAAUGAACAAGUGGAAAAAUAUUUAAGAAUUGUGGUAAUAAUAUGUAGAACUGAAGAAAAUUUAUUUAUUGAAGAUGAUAUAUCUGUUAAACAAAAAUUGUAUGAAACAUUAGGAGAUGCAACUGUAGCUGUACAUUCUUUUGAAAAAGCAAUAAAUUAUUAUCAGGAAAUGCUAAAAUGUGCAGAAGACAGUGGAAGUGAGAAAAUAGGUGCUGCUUUAAUAAGUUUAGCACAAACUCUGCGCGAUGCAGAUCGAUAUGAUGAAGCAUUACAGUUUGCUAUUAGAGAACUUGAAUUAUGUAGUGAUCCACAUGAAAUAUGUAGGUCUGCUCUUUUCUUAGCUGAUUUACAAAUAGCUAAUAAAUCUUCUGAUGCAGAAAUUAAAAAAUCUUAUAAUUUAGCAUUAUCCACGGUAGAACAGUCAGAAAAUAAAAAGCUUCAAAUAUCUGUUCUAAAAGAAUUCUUACUUUAUUUAAAGAAAACAGAAGAUAAUGAUACUACAGAAAUGAUCCAAGAAAAAUUAAGUAAUCUGACGAAUCAUCUUAUCGAUGAAGAAAGUGAAAGUGAAAGUGAAAUAGAAAGUGUAAAUAUUGGAGGAGAUAUUUGUUUAGAAGACUUGUCGGAUGUGGAAAAUGAAUUGCAAUCUAAAGAAAAUAUUGAAACAACAAAACGACGCUUUAAGAGAGGUCUUGCAGUGAGGAGAAAUGAAAAAGGAGAAACACAGCUUCAUGUUGCAUGUAUUAAUGGUAAUAUUGCAAAUGUAGAAAAAUUGUUAACAGCAGGACAUCCAACGAACGUAAGAGAUCACUGUGGUUGGACUCCGCUCCAUGAAGCUGCAAAUCAUGAUUAUAUAGAAAUAGCUAAAUUGUUACUUAAAAGUGGAGCAAACGUGAAUGAUCCAGGUGGAUCAUUGUGUGGGGGUAUUACACCUCUUCAUGACGCCGCAUCAUGCGGGAAUUUAUCUAUGAUGUGCCUGUUAAUGGAAUACGGUGCAAAUGUUACUCUCAGAACAAAAGAAGGAGAUACAGUAUUAGAUUGCUUAGAAAGUUGGAAGGAUCGUGCAGGCAACUUAUCAUUAAACGAACAAAUGGAAUAUGAUAAUAUGUAUAAAAAAUUAGUAUCUGUGGUGCCAACAAGUAUAAAGAAAUCUAAAAAACAAUCUCCUAUAUCUAAACAUGAUUAUAAAAAAUUAAUAGAUCUAGAAACACAGAUUGAGGAAGUAGAACCUAAGAAGAUAUCUGCCGGAGAAGAUUAUAAAAGAACAAUAGCUAAUUUAAAACAUAGAGGUAGUUUAAUAAGACCAAUCAUGAAUUCUAAUGAUAAGUGUAAAAUAACAAAUCCUCUUCUGGAUACUGAAGAAGAUUUAGUUGAUGACUGGUUAGAAGAUGAUAUGUGCACAAGUUCCAAAAAAAAAUCUUCAAAUGAUAUUUUCAAUACAACUACCAAAAGAAAAUCAAAUAGUUUCAAUAUAGAUAAUGAGACAAAUAGUACACGUGUAAAACGACAAAAAAUUGAUACUGAUGACGAAAAAGAAGAAGAAGAAGAAGAAGAAGAAAAAGAAAUACAUAAUAUUAUUGCAUUAGAAGACAGUGACAAUAGUAAUGCAAGUAAAGUAACCAGUCCUGCUAAUUCACCUAAACAAUUUAGAAAAAAGAAAAAUAAACAGAUCUCCUUAUUUUCUACUGGUUUUACUAAGAAUUCUAUAUCUCGUACUCCUUCACCUAUUUGUUCAAAUAUUCUGGAUAAUUCAUCUCAUCAAAGUAAUAAUGGAAUAUCAACGAAUUUACAGAUCUUUAUAAAAAAUAAAAUUUUUGAUUUAAAAUUAGUUAUACUUGAGCAAGAAAGAGAUGAUAUAUUAAAAAUUAUCUUAGAUGAUAUAAGGAAAAAGUUCUGUGAUGAAACUGGAUGUAUAGUGGAGCUUGUUUUAAAAACAAUGGAAGGAGAUCCAGUUUCUUCUGAGAAUAUAAUUCACAUUGUAAAAGGAAAUGAAAAUAUAAAAUAUUUAAAAUGUGAAAUUAUCAAAAUAGAAAUACCAUCUAUUGUAGAGAGGUAUAAAACAAUUUGCAGAAUUAUUCAAAUAGUGCCAGAAGAGACAACAAUAAAAUGUUUAAAAUCGUGCGAGAAUACGUCUGUUUUCCGACUUAAAUCAGAUGAAACAAAGGAAACGGAACUUGAACCUUUGCUUAAAGCUCUAGAGUAUCAAAAACAUUUGCAAGUAUUAUAUUUGUCUGGAGGAGUUUUUCUCAAUAGUGGAAAAAUAUUGUCUAAUUGUCUUUCAGAUUUAUCACUUCUGCAAGAAUUAUACUUGCAACAAUGUGAUAUUGAUCACAAUUGUUUGUUAAGGAUAGAAAAGUUACCAGUUCAACUAAGAGUACUAGAUUUUAGUUAUAAUCCACUCGGACCGAAUUCUCAAGAAACAAUUCACAAACUGAUUGCACCAUUAAAGAACUUACAAACUUUGUCUUUACGACACUGUGAACUAAAUGAUUUUAAUUUUUCCAUUGAAAGUAAUAAUCUUGUAAAUUUAGAUUUAUCAUGGAAUUUUUUAAAUGGUAACAGCAAAUUCUAUUCUUUACAAAGACAAUUAGUUAAUUUAAAUUUAUCUAAUACGCUUCAUCCAACUCGGAGUUCCUUUAUCACUGAUAUCAUUCAGAAUUCUAAAUUUUUUUUUAUGACUUUAGAAUCACUUGAAUUUGCUUGUUGUGACAUUACUGAUGAUGAUGUUAAAUCUAUACUCUUACAAGCACCAAAUCUUACAAAAUUAAUACUUAAUGGCAAUUCGAAAAUUUCAUUGAUAUCUGUACAUAUGUUAUUGAAUCAUAGGCCUACACUAAGAUAUAUAGAUAUCAGUGGAUGUACAAAUAUUACAGAACCACCUGAUCCAAAUAUAACUAUAAAGAAUCCUGAAAUAUGUACUUUAAUUGUUAAUAUGAUACCUGAUAUAUGUCAAUCUUGGUUAGUUUUAUGGGAAGGAAAAGGUAUUGUACAUAAAUUAUCACACAAUCUUACAAUUUUUAAACCAUCAUAGUUAUGAUAUUAUAGAAUGAUAAAUUAAGCUUUUAGUGUCUUAUUAAUAUAACUAUGUAUUUACAGUAUUAUUAAUACCCAUAAUUUUAUUGUAAUUUAAAUGUAUAAAGUUUAUUUCCUACUUUACAAUAUAAUUCAUUAAUAUGUACAUAAUUUUCUUCUGUAUAAUCAAUCAAAAAUUUAUUAAAACUGGAAUUGAUUGAAGAUAGAACUUUGUUGAGGUAGUCUUCUUUAUCUCCUACCCACCAAAGGAUACUUACAUGGAAUGAAGGGUCCUUAAAGAGAGAAAAAAAAAUAAUUACGUGAAUCUCAUAACAAUAAGUCUGACAUAAUUCACAAAAUUACUUUAAGUACAUUGGAAAAUUAUCAUGUUCAUACCUCAUAAAAUGGUGGUAACUGAUAUUCUGUCAAUAUAUUAUCAAUAGAAGA